AUGAACUAUUUAACGGUAAAUACAAUUGAAUGGCGUCAUUUAACAUUAGCCAUUAUUCUAUUUUGUCUAUGUAUAAUGACAAUAUUUGGUAAUUUAUUAGUUAUAAAAGCUGUAUUUCAUGAAAAUCAAUUACAUUCUUCUACUUAUUAUUAUGUUGUAUCAUUAGCAUUUGCUGAUUUACUUGUGGGAUGUAUUGUUAUACCAUUUGCACUUACUUUUGAAAUUACAAAUGGUUAUUGGAUACUUGGACGAUUAAUGUGUGAUUUUUGGCAUGCCAUGGAUAUAUUUGCAUCAACAGCAUCUAUUCUAGCAUUAUGUGUUAUUGCAUUAGAUCGAUAUAUUGCCAUAACAAAUCCAAUAUUAUAUCCAAAUUCAUUAAUAUCAAGAAAAUGGAAUUAUAUGAUUUUUGCUAUUUGGACAUGUUCAGCGAUACUCUCAUUUCCAACAAUUGCCUAUUGGGGAUCAACUAAAAAAACAGUCAUAGUAUCUACAACUCCAUCUUUAUCAUUCAAUAAACUUCUAGAUAAUACUUCAAAAUUACUAACUAGUAGUAGUAGUAGUAGUAGUAGUCGCUGUGAUUUUCCGUCAGAUCCCUAUUAUAUAUUAUUUUCAUCGAUGGUUUCAUUUUAUUUACCAUUAUUUGUUAUGGUAUUUGUUUAUGCACGAAUAUUUUGUGAAGCAAAUCGACAAAUGCUUGCACUUCGUUCCGGUUUUAAAUCUAUGAACAAUAGUCUAAUCAAUUAUAAAUCAACAUCAACAAUAAUACCAAAAUUUAGUUUAAAACAAACAGUAGUACGAAAAGAAAAUUCUGAUAAAAAUAAUAAUAAUACAAAACCAAUAAUAUCAUUAAUACAGGAGAAUGAUGAUGAAUUAUAUGAAAAUUACAAUUUAGUUGAACAACAACAACAACAACAACAAUCACAGCAAAAAUCAUCUGAAAUAUUGACACUUCGAAUACAUCGUGGAAAAUAUCAGCCACAAAAACCAAUACAAUUAUCAUCGUCAUCAUCAUCAUCAACAACUAUUAAUAUUCAUUCUAGACCCAUUCGAGAACAUCAUUCUCAUAUAUUUUCAAAUUUAAUAUUAAAUCGUUUUAUACGUACACCAAAAAAUCUUGGUAAAAAAUUUUCUAAAUUUUCUCGUGAACAAAAAGCAGCAAAAGUAUUAGGAAUUGUUAUGGGUGUAUUUGUUGCAUGUUGGCUACCAUUUUUUGCUUAUUUAGUAUUAAGUGGCGUAUUUCUUAUUCGUUCAUCAAAUCACGAAUUAUUAUUUAAAAUAUUUACAUGGUUAGGUUAUACAAAUUCAGCUUUAAAUUUUUUACUUUAUGCUUUAACAUCUCGUGAAUUUCGUCAAGCAUUUAUUAAAUUAUUAUGUAAACAACGAUUUCAACGUAAACAACAGAGACGUCUUGAUAUUAAACGAUUAAAAUGGAAUAUUAAUAGUGCAAAUCCAGCUUAUUUAUCAGCAUCAACCAUUAUUAAUCUACAACCUAAUCACCAACUGCGAUAA